GGGUGGACUUCCAACUAUAACCAAACACCUGACGCCGUUUCUCUUUAAACCUUCUCCUCUUCCAUAAAACCCAAACUUUGCUGGUGGAGAUUACAGAGAACUGAAAAACUCUAGUUUUGCUGGUCUUCGAUCAUCGGAAAUGACUGCCGAAGCCGUGAAUCCGAAAGCAUAUCCGCUGGCCGAUGCCCAGCUUACAAUAACCAUACUGGACCUUAUUCAACAAGCUGCGAACUUCAAACAGCUCAAAAAGGGUGCUAAUGAAGCUACCAAGACCCUGAAUAGGGGCAUUUCAGAGUUCAUAGUAAUGGCAGCCGAUACGGAGCCUUUUGAAAUUCUUCUCCACCUUCCUCUACUCGCCGAAGAUAAGAAUGUGCCGUAUGUAGUUGUACCUUCUAAGCAAGCCCUUGGCAGAGCAUGUGGAGUCACUAGACCAGUGAUUGCUUGUUCUGUGACAAGCAACCAGGGAAGCCAGUUGAAAUCUCAAAUACAGCAAUUGAAGGAUGCGAUUGAGAAACUCCUAAUCUGAAAUAUUGAAUGAUGCCAUUUUGGUAUGAUGGGCCUCUCAGAUCCUGUUACUCAUUCGGUGAAGGCUUUGACUGAGCAAGACGUAACUUGUGGUGUUUUCAAGUCCCCCCUUCCCCUCCCCCCCGAAAAAAACACCACAUUUUCUAUUAAUGUAAGCAUAUUACAAUUAGCGUUUAUAGAAACUCAUCUUUCUCAUCUUUGUAGCUUGUUUAAAAUUAAUAGCAGGCGUCAUGAAUGCUACGGAUGAUAGAGAGGAAAUAUAUUGAGAAUGAGACUUGUAGGACUCAAUUCAACUUGUGCUCUGAGGCAGUUUUCAGUGUUAAUUGUGUGAGCUUUGUAGUGUU